CCCACCCCUAACCAUUUCCGGGGGACAGGGUACCAGCAGUAAACAUGGCGGAGCAGCUGCUGGAAACAGUGGAGAGACUUCAGUCCCGGAUCCAGGACAACCCGGAUCCCCGAAAGCUGCUGAAGUCUCUGAAGCGCCUGGGAGAGCUGCCCAUGACCGUGGACAUCCUGGUGGAAACGGGAGUGGGGAAAACUGUGAACUCUUUCAGGAAACACGAAGCAGCCGGAGACCUGGCCAAAAGCCUCGUAGCCAAAUGGAAGAAGCUUGUUCCCCAGGCUGCAGACAGACCCAACAGUCACACCAAAGACUCCCGAUCACACCAACUCCCUGGAGGUCACAGAGGUCACCAGGAGCCCUCCCCUGAGGAAGAACACUCUUACAUGGAGGAGGAGGAGGAGGAGGAGAGAGGCUACCGCACCAACUACUCACCUUCACCUCCUCAUCAGGAGCGGUACGGAUCCCCACAGCCAGGAGGGUAUCAGUCAGAUGAUUACGAGCAGGAGCCUGAGCCCAGUCCGCCUCCUCCCCCUCCUCCUGCUUUUUCUCCUCCUCGCAAGGAGAUCCGCCACACGAAACCCAGCAGAGAAGUCACUAAGAACCAUCGCCACGGAGACGAACACCGGGACAGAGAGGAAGAGCGGCAGCAGCGUAACGUUCAGGCGAGCGGUGAAGGGAAGAAACACAGAGACCGGGCGAGGCUGAAGAGCCCUGAUCAGAAGAAGCACAGCAGGAAGUCCUCCAGCCACGACAGCAAAAAGGAGGAGAAGAAGAGCGAUGGACGACCUCGAGUUCCGAAGGACUCUCCGUCCAAGGAAGAAGAGGAAGACUUCGAGAGGCCGACCAUGUCCUUCGAGUCCUUCCUCACGUACGACGCUCCCACGCCCGUCAAGAAGAAGAAGAAGACGACACCGUCUUCGUCGUCUCACAGCCGGGUUUCUCAGUCCUUGUCAUCCUCGUCAUCGUCCCGUCAGACGUCCACAGCUCCGCCCGUCUCUUCGUCUUCGUCCAAAUCAAGCAAGAAGAACAACGUUCAGAGCAGCAAACGCCCUCGCUCAGACUCGUCUUCGUCAGAGUCCAAACCGGAGAAACGCAGGAGGGUAGUUGAAGCCCUGCCGACUCUCCCCGACAUCCCUCUACCCGCCAUUCAACCCAACUACAGACCGCUGCCCUCCAUCGAAACGCCGCUCUCCCCUCAGAGACGCAAAGUUCCUGUGUGCAACGACGAGGAGGAUGCCGGCUUCACGGGGAAACGCUUCAACUCAAAGAUGAUGGUUUACUCCGGCUCUAAGACGUCCUACCUGCCCAAGAUGAUGAGUCUGUACGAUCAGUGCAUCCGCGUUCUGCAGAACAACAUCGACUCCAUUGCAGAGGUGGGCGGGGUCCCGUUUGAGAUCCUGGAACCAGUUCUGGAGAGAUGCACCCCGGAGCAGCUGUACCGGAUCGAGCAGAGCAACCAGUGUUUUACGGAGGACUCCGAUGAGCUCUGGAUGCGUCACUGUCGGCGCGACUUCAAGCGCGAGUCUCCUCAGGAGUUCGAGUCGUGGCGUGAGAUGUACCUGAGGCUGCACGAGGCGCGUGAAGAGCGACUCCGGAUGCUCACCCAGAACAUCUCCACGGCUCACGCCAACAAACCCAAAGGGCGGCAGGUUAAGAUGGCGUACGUCAACUCUGUGGUCAAACCUCCCCGAGACGUUCGCCGCCGACAGGAGAAGUUCGGAACCUCCAGCGGUUCAUCUUCCGCCUCCACUGCAGCUGCUUCUCCCAUCAAAAUAAAAGCUUCCACGGAUUUUUCUGGUGAGUCAAGUCGCUCCGCCUCCUCCCUCUUGAGCCCUCCUGCAGGUUUGUCUCGCACAGCGCCGGGCGGAGGAGGAGGAGCAUUAGCAGCAGGAGGAGGAGGAGUGGGGCAGCACGCCGGCCGGGAAAAGCCACAAGUCAAAAAAAUCGCCCCGAUGAUGGCCAAAACCAUCAAAGCGUUUAAGAACCGAUUCUCCCGACGGUAAUCUGAAAGAGACUCUGAAAUCCUGAUGGUUUUAAUUUCGUUUUACUGGAGACCUCGUUGCUCAGCAAACACGACGAGCGCCGCUUUCAUUCUGACCCCACGGACAAAUCGCAUGAACGCUGUUCUUCUUCUCCUGGUUUCAUUCCACAAGAAAAUAGUGUUGAAGUCCCUGACAAACACACUCGGUCUGUUACCGUGUCCUGCUCUUCAGCAGAUGCUUCUAAAGGAUCGUUGAAUCUUUUUAAGACUCGGGACACGAUGAGAUUCCUCAGUCGGCCGGAUCAGAGCGGAGCACAAACACUGGAAACGGCCGUAUCAGCAGAAAGUGGCUCUAGAGGCGUUCUAGUCCAGUUCAGGCAUCAGAUCACGUCGUUUCAGAAAUCUUUUUCUGUGGAAACGUUUUUAUUCAGUCCUGAUUUUUUUAAAUGCUUUUUUCCAGUCAGCCAAACAUUCUUGUUUAAAUAUUUUCAGCUGAAGACGAGGACUGGAAAACGGCCACAGACUGGAUCGGGACUUGUGCUGCACCCAUCUGUUGGUAUAUAUUUAUGUAUGUGUACACGUAUGUACAUAUACACACGUCAGUAGGAAGUGGCGCGUGGUUUGUUGGGAUUGUUCACUUUCCAAAUCUCCUCAGUCGUAGUUUUCACACAACUGUGUGUGUGUGUGUGUGUGUGGGUGGGGGUGGGGGGGGGGCAAUAGGGUGUUUGUUUACUGUUCGACUCACCUGAGCUGAUGCUUAUCAGGAAAACGACACAUCACCUGUGUUACUGCGCCCCCUUCUGGUCACAUGACUCUGCCUGCUGCCUAUUUUACUCCUCUGUUGUUCAGGAAUCCAUCCUAGCAGAGUUGAGUCAGGCUAACAGUUUCCCUCUGUUUCCAGUCUUUGUGCUAAGCUAACAAGCCUUGAAUUCUCAAACUUAAAUAAGUUUCAUCUUAUUCAAGUGUCAACAACAACAAGAAACAGUCAAAAAGUCUAAAUUUUCCUUUAAAAAAACAGAAAAGUACUUUUUAAUUUAAUGAAAGUUUAUUUAUUUUCCACUGAGACCAAAAGACACAAAGAUAUUCGAGUUUUACACCUUAUUUAACUGCUGAAAGUCUCCGAUUUUAAACAAAACCUGCUUAUUUAAUCCUGUUUUAACUGGCGACGUUUCGUUGUGUGUGUGUGGGAAAUCAGAAACACACCUUGUUGGCUUGUUUUAACUCUUCCUGUGGCUUCAGACGUUUGUUUUCUGCUGUUGAAUGAAUCUGUUUCUGCUUGACUGUGACAAACUGAUGAAACGAGGGAUGAAGUCUGUAGGAAGGAAGGUCACAGUUCCUCAAACACCAUGAGAUGUAUUUAUUUUAAACAAUGGAACCUGGUACCCCCCAACAUGGGCCCGAGUAGAUGAAAAGCUGUAAUUUUAUUAGAUUUUAAUAAAUGUUAUAUGGUCAUUUUAAUUAUUAAAAUUGACUUAUGCCCUUAA